AUGGCGAACUCAGGACAACGCACACAGCAAGUCCCCCAGCAUGUCACCGCGCUACUCUCACACCUCACCUCCCGCCCGGGCGUGCAAUCCACCUUGAUCCUCUCCCGCAAAGACGGAUCCAUCAUUCAAAGCACAGGACAGCUAGCACAAACGACUGAAGAAGACAGCACCUCUCGUACCGCACACAUCCCUGCAUCCACAUCUGAACCAGCCUCUCUAUCCACCACCCAACCAACAGACCCAUCCCCUACCCCUUCCACCGCGUCACAACCCUACCAACCCUCGCAAGCCGAAACACUAGCUGCCCACAUCUUCGCAUUUGUCUCCAGCGCCGAAGCACUCGGCAUCUCGCUCUCGCGACCCACGCUCACUGUACAGCGACCUAGCGACGCCCACUGGGACGUUGACCGCGACUAUGCGAACGAGGGUACGGCACGUGAGGAAGAUCGGGACGGCGAUGGUAUCGAUCGGGAUGAGGACGGGGAAGUCAAGCUGCUGAGAAUGCGCACGAAAAAACAUGAAAUUGUGGUUGUUCCGGAUCGAAAGUACCUGUUGUGUGUCGUACAUGAUGCUUCCCCUGGUUCAGCGCCUGCAGCGGGAUCGCGUAUCCGGUAG